UUGCGCUGAGGGAGCCCUGCGGACACGGCGCCAUGAGAGCCGACUCGGGGCCCCGGGUGGAGGAGGACCACCCGGUGAGCGGUGCGGGGCGCGUCGGCCGCUGUCCCGGGGCGCGGCAGACACCGACAUGCUGCGGGCCAGAAGGCGAGGGCCCAGCUAGCUCGGGGGGGCGCACGCAGGGGCGCGUUCGGCGCUCAGCGGAUAGGGUUGGGGAUGGUGGCUGGAAGGUCUUGCUUCCCAAGGCCGGACGCGACCUCCAGAAGCCUGGCGAGGAGCCAAGCCUGAAGUUUCCGGGGUCCUGAGGGCGCAUGUUGCCAUGACAACGCCUCGCACCCCUGUCGCCCCUGCGCCUGCCAGCGAGGCUCUUCCUAUCGACUCCUGCCGGAGGGCAUUCAGCCGCCCGGGAAGAGAUCGCCGUUGGUCAGCGGGGACUUUUAAUCCCGCUCUUCUCUCUCUUCCCUCGAACAAAUCACCGCAACCACUUGGGAAACAUCGUGAUUGCUCCCCCGCGCUGCUGGAGUCUCUCCUCUCGGGCGCGUGAGCCCGGACUCCGACGCCCCCUCUUCCGCAGGAGUAGACGGGAAGAGCCACCCCAGGCCUCCGCGCUCCCCCUCGCUCCCACCCUGCAGGGAGGAGGCUGCGGGCCCCCGCGGCCGGUGCGGCGCAGCCCGAUGACGCGUUGCGCCUGCGCGCGGGCCCGCUGGGCGGAUGCGAACCCGGGCGGGGUGCGAGCGCCCAGCCGCUAGAGCGGGCGGCUGCCGGGCAACCUGGCCUCAGACGGGAUGGGGAAGAAGCAGGUGCGUCCUCCACGAGCCCUUCCACCUGUGCCAAGAUGAUAUUCCACUUAGUCGUCCUAAGAAGAAGAAGCCCAGAACAAAAACCACGCUAGCUAGUGCUUCUUUGGAAGGUAUUGUUCAGACUGCUGUUCACAGGCCACCUGAGGGCAAUGAGCCAACUAAAGACCCCAUAGAACAUCAAGAAGCUCCUGUUCAAAGGAGGCAGAAGAAGACAAGGCUACCUCUUGAAUUCGAGACUGCCUUUGCCCAGAAGACGUCUAGUCCAUCUUUAUUACCAAAUGAAAAUGGUAUCAAUGUGGAACCAGCUGAGGAGCCAGUUAUUCAAAAACCUCGAAAGAAGACAAAGAAAACCCAGCCAGCAGAAUUACAUCAUGCCAGUGAGCUAGGGGUCGAAGAUGAAGACAUAAUUACUGAUGAGCAAAAUAGUCCAGAACAACAGUCAGUGUGGACGGCACCCACUGGAAUUAGCCAGCCUGUAGGCAGAGUGUUUGUGGAGAAAAGCCGGCGAUUCCAGGCUGCUGAUCGCUCAGAGCUGAUAAAGACCACAGAAAAGAUAGAUGUGUCAAUGGACAUGAAGCCUCCCUGGACGACCAGAGAUGUUGCACUAUCCGUGCACCGGGCUUUCAGGAUGAUUGGUCUCUUUUCUCAUGGCUUCUUGGCUGGCUGUGCUGUGUGGAAUAUUGUUGUGAUAUAUGUUCUAGCAGGAGAUGAGCUUUCUAACCUCUCAAACCUUCUGCAACAAUACAAGACGUUAGCAUAUCCAUUCCAGAGUCUUCUCUACUUGCUUUUGGCUCUAAGUACAGUUUCAGCUUUUGACAGGAUUGAUUUUGCUAAAACAUCAGUAGCCAUCCGAAAUUUUCUUGCCCUGGAUCCAACAGCUUUAGCAUCUUUCUUGUACUUCACUGCUCUUGUGUUAUCUCUGAGUCAACAAAUGACAAGUGACAGAAUCCACCUUUACACACCUUCUUCUGCUAAUGGUAGCCUCUGGGCAGAAGGAAUUGAGGAACAGGUUCUCCAGCCAUGGAUUGUGGUGAAUCUGGUGGUGGCCCUUCUGGUUGGAUUAUCUUGGCUUUUUUUGUCUUAUAGGCCAGGCAUGGAUCUUAGUGAAGAGUUGAUGUUCUCCUCAGAUGUGGAAGAAUAUCCUGAUAAAGGACUCAAAGCCUCUUCAUAGUGCCAGCUCACCUUCAGAGUAAUGACCUAACAUUUAGAAAUUUUCCCAUUCUUAUUUUUAAAUGUAUUUUUAUAAGAUAUGUACAGAUGUAUUUGAAAUUGAUUUUUUGAUUAUAUAAUAGUGAAAAAUUUCUCAGGAUUAUGGAAAAUGUUAAAAUUGUAUUUGCAAUUUAUACCCAAACAUUAAUUUCUAUAGCAUUAUCGUCUUUAUGACAAAGGAGAUAAUGAGCUAGCAACCAGCAGGUGAAAGUGUUUAAUUUCCUAUUUCCUCAGAUUAAUUGCAUUUAUAAUCAUUAUCUUUAAAAGCUCUAAUACAGUGCUUUUAAAAAAGCCAUAACUUCAGUAUUACAAAAUAUGUAUCAGGUUUAAACAUAAAUUUAGGGAAUAGGGAAGAAGGAGGAAAAAAGGACCUUCAUUAUUUAUUUUUCAUGUCUCCUUACUGAAUAAAUUGAAAUAUGAAAUUUG